CAGGAGCUGGAUGACAUGAUGCUGCAGAGCCCGCUCACCUCCACGCCGUUUUCUGUCAAGGAUAUCCUGAAGCUGGAGCAGCAGCAGCAACAACAGCAACAGCAGCAGUCCGGAACCCUGGAGCUCACGCACCGGAUCCACACCCAGCAGCACUUGUCCCGCUCUCCUCCCCAGCAGCAGCAGCAACAGCAUUUCCAAACCGCGCCGUCCUGCAUGCUCGCCGGAGCCCGGGACAGCCCUUCCUUCUCGGACGGAGAAGACAACCUGGCUUACCUCAGCGCGCUUGCAGUGCGCGAGGAAGAACGGGGGGACACCAGCCUAUCUCCGGACAUGUACGUGCAUCCCGGCUUGCAGGGAGCCAAGCUGGAGGCCGCCGAGCUGGAGGAGCAGGAAAGCAAAAACUGCGGGCUGGUGUCCCGGGAGGAGGCAGCCGAGGGCGGGCAGGGCGACACGGAGAGGCCGGUGCAGAAGCAGAGGAGCCGGCGGAGACCCAGAGUGCUUUUCUCCCAGGCGCAGGUCUUCGAGCUGGAGAGGCGCUUCAAGCAGCAGCGCUACCUGUCCGCCCCGGAGCGAGAGCACCUGGCCACCACCCUCAAACUCACUUCUAACCAGGUGAAGAUCUGGUUUCAGAACCGCCGCUACAAGUGCAAACGGCAGCGGCAAGACAAGUCUCUGGAAGCGACGGGGCAGCAUCAUCCUCCGCCGCCGAGGCGCGUGGCCGUGCCGGUGCUGGUUCGGGAUGGGAAGCCGUGUCUGGGAGGAGCGCAGAGCUAUGCCGCCGCGGCUACUGCUCCGUACGGAUCCAAUCCGUACGGCUAUAACGGAUACCCGGCAUACACGUACAACAGCCCGGCGUAUAACACCAACUACAGCUGCACCUACACCAGUAUCCCCGCCCUUCCUCCCUCCGGCACCCCCAACGCCUUCAUGAACAUGAACUUGGGAAACGUGAGCGGCCUCGGCAGCUCCCCACAGGCUCAAACACACCAAGGGACAGCGGUCACAUCUUGUCAGGGCUCGCUGCAGGGGAUCAGGGCCUGGUAG